AAGAAUACGCUUUAUAAGGAAACUGAAAUCAAUCACUGACUUUAAAGGUAGAAGUCAGAAGCAGAGCAGCCUGCAGUCAGCGAGGAGCAGCAGCUGUUAACAGAGACCGAAGAGGAGGAGGAAGAGGAAGAGGAAGAGGAAGGGAUCACCUGUGCAGAGAAGGAUCAGAGAACAAGAGAAAAGAGAAAGAGGACAUAGAUGGCGGGAUUUCUGGACAACUUCCGCUGGCCGGAGUGUGAAUGCAUCGACUGGGGAGAGAGGAGGAACGCUGUGGCCUCUAUCGUAGCAGGAGUGCUGUUCUUCACAGGCUGGUGGAUCAUGAUCGACGCGGCGGUGACGUAUCCCAACCCGGAGAAGAUGAACCACGCCUUCCACACAUGUGGCGUCUUCUCCACCAUCGCGUUCUUCAUGAUCAAUGCUGUUUCUAACGGUCAGGUGAGAGGAGACACGUACGGGGAAGGCUGCCUCGGCAGGACAGGAGCUCGUCUCUGGCUGUUUAUCGGCUUCAUGAUGAUGUUCGGCUCGCUCAUCGCCUCCAUCUGGAUCCUGUUCGGUGCCUACGUCGUGCCCAAGAAAGAAGUGGCACCGGGACUCGCUGUGUUUUUUCAGAAUGCCUUCAUCUUUUUUAGCACUUUGAUCUACAAGUUUGGCCGGACUGAAGAUUUAUGGGGUUAAAGGGUCUUUUUUUUUUCUUUCUCUUCUCACACACACACACACACACACACACACACACACACACACACACACACACACAC